GAGAAGUACCUGGACAAGAGGGAUCUCGCGAGGGAGCGAGCGGAGGCCCUGCCGGCCGGGCGGCUGAGGGAGGAUCUGCUGCGCGCCAUCGACCGCAUGGAGCAGGCCUUCGACCAGAAGUACCUGAAGAGCUGGAGGCCGUUCGUGCUGGUCAUGCUCGAGUGGUGCGGCCACGAAAGCGGCGGGUCGAGCCGGUCGAAGCAGCAGUGGAGCUCCGCCGCCGCCAUCGCGAGGGCCAGGGAGGCCAUCGGCAGCGGUGCCGGCAGCAUCGCGGACGUGCCGACGCCCCUCGCCCAGGCCUCUUCCCGAGCAGACCGCAAGAGGAAGCUGGAGCCGAGGGCGGCGCCGAGCGCGGAGCCGAAGGCGGAGUCGACGGCGGAGCCGAGACCGGAGCCGGAGCCGAAGCUGCAGCGAGGCCUCUCCGGGUCGCUGGCGCACUGGCUGCGGCCCGCCG